AAACAAACUGAAAGGCGCUAAAGAUCGUCGAAAUUAGAAAUCGCCGUGGCCGAAUUCCAUGGAUGGAUAACUGGUCGAGACGAUCCAGUUCGAUAGGCUGUUGGGAUCAUGUUUGACAAUAAUGUGCGCAGUUACGAUUUUAAGGUAGAGCUGGCCAAGUGCUUCAACAAUCUCGGCACCGUGUACCUAGCACAACACCGUGCCACCGGACAGCAUGUGGCGGUCAAGAAGUUUCUCGUGGAGGAUCUCAAGAACGAGAUUGGCCACAUCAUGGAGGAGGCGAAGCAUCUGCGCGAGUUCGAUCAUCCCAACAUCCUCAGCUACCACACGGCCUUCGUCCACCAGCUCGAUCUCUACUUCGUCCUACCGCUGAUGUGCUACGGUUCCUGUCGGGACACGAUGGCAAACUACUUCGAGACCGGCUUCCCAGAAACGCUGCUCAUCUGCAUCCUGCGCGAUGUCGUGCACGGUCUGGAGUAUCUGCAUCGGAAGGGCUACAUCCACCGCUCGAUAAGGGCAAGUCACAUCUUUCUCAACGAAUCCUGCGCCGUCCUAGGUGGGUUCCGGGUGUGCACCAGCUUUCUGGGCGAAGGCAAGAGGGUGCGCAACCUGCACGAGCUGCCAGCACAUUCGGUAAAAUCACUCAACUGGCUCGCACCGGAAGUGUUGGCCCAGAAUCUUCACGGAUACACGGAAAAGUCGGACGUGUACAGUUUAGCGAUCGCGGUCUGCGAGCUGGCCAAUGGACUAGAACCGUUCUACAGCUUCUCGACCACUCUAAUGUUGACGGAGAAGAUGCGCGGCUAUCAACCGCAGCUGCUGGACGCAAGCACCAUACCGAGUGAGGAGGUAUUGGCGCAGGCGAUGGAAACGGCCCCAGGCGAUGCAACAUCAGCCACCACAAGACAGAUUUAUGCUUCCCGACAAUUCUCCGAGGCGCUGCACAAAUUUGCCGAACAGUGUCUCGAAAGCGAUCCCAAGGACCGCCCAAGUGCCGCGGCGCUGCUCUCGCAUGCUGUCUUCAAGUCAGUGAAGCACACAAACAUCCGGGAACAGUUUGCCGUUCAUUACAUUCAAACGGUUGACUUCAAUACCAUUAAAGAGCACGACAUUAACCUGGCCGAUGAGUUCGGUCAGCUUGCCAUGGACACGAGCGGUGGAUUCGAAUGGGACUUUGAGGACUCGUAACACUGCGAUGGACCGCAGGAGUACGCUUACCACCAGGAAUUUGCCUGUUUGAGGAGUUGAUAAGAAAUGCAAGGAAAUCAACCAGGGAGAGAAAGAGAGAGAGGGAGAGAGAGAGAGAGAGAGAGAGAGAGAGAGAGAGAGAGAGGAACGCCCGUACGAACAAUCACAUACCUCGCUUCAUCCUUCCUGUUCCCCACCAUCGUGCUUGCCUGAUCAUUGUGGUUGUUUCGCUAAUUGCUAGCGUAGAACUAUAGUUUAUUGUUUCAGAAAUCGUUAAAAUGAAUCGUUUCCAGCGUGUAGAACGCAACGCAAGGCGCAAUGACGAAUAAAUCGUCUGUUUAACACCCGUCUCA